AUGAUACCUUUUGCGCCGUUAUUGUUUAUACUUUGGGGGUUUUUACAACCAAGUUAUUGUUGGAAAUAUAAGAAUGAUGAUAUCACAAAUGGUUCACCCCUCAUAGGAGAUGAUGCCCUUUUUGAUCCCCUAACGAUGCCAAAUUAUGUGAAGAGAGAGGCUAGUUAUGAAUAUGAUGAUAAUGGUAAAGUACAUAUUAAGGACUCUAUCAUUGAUUCUGAUAACAUUGCAGAAUGGACACCCAUUUCAUCAAAUCUAACUGCAGGUCAGAAGGAUUUAUAUGUUUUCACAAUUAGCACAAGUAGUAGUUCUAGUGGGUUUUCACCAACAUAUGAUAUUCUGAUUUUUUUAAGUGGUAAUUUGUGUAAUACAGAUGAUCUUCCAGAUGACGUACAAUUAUCUGUUACUUAUGCUUUCAAUGAUACUCUAACACAGAAUUCAUCAAGUGGUAUCACAGUAAAUUUCACUUACGGGUAUAUGGAAAGUCUUACUGUGAGUCCGAUUCAAACAGACACAUCCUUGAACGUUACUUCUCUUUAUUCAUACUUAUAUGUGGCAGUCGAGCCUCGUAAUAAGACAACAGGUCAACCAUUGAAUACUGAUGAUUAUCCAGAUACUCGUUGGGAAUAUCACCUUUCUAUUUCAGAGAAUGAUUUGGUUUAUCAAUGGGAUUAUAGAACUUGGUUAGACGUGCUUGAGACAGAUGAAGAUUCUGCUUUAUUAAUUACAGGUGCAGAUUCUACUGCAGCUUAUGAUUUCACUUUUUCUAACUUCACUAUUCAUGACACUUCCAUGUAUGACGUAUAUGUCUAUUCUUAUAAUGAGUCUUUAAUCAUUGCUGAGCAAUUUAAUAGAUCUCUUUGUGCAAUCAAAAAUGGAAAUUAUUUGGUAUCUUCAUAUGGUAAUGUUGCCUCCAGUGAUGUUCAAUUGGAUAGAAAUGACUUAUACAUUCAAAAAAUUAUUAAAGAUGGUACAAAUAGUACUAAUGAAUAUUUUUAUGUUACAGGAUUAAAUCGUUCAACAUCUUAUGUGGCAUAUUUAACGAAAAAAAUCGGAAAGAGUGGAAGUUUAUCUGAUGUUGGUGGUAUUGUGUUCGAACAUGUCUUAUUCGAAACAAAAGAAGAUAACACUUGUUCUCUUAUUCAUUCGUUAGAUUUUUGUAAGGAUGUUGCAUACUCUGUCCCGACAUCUAGUUUAUAUCUUGGAAACAAAACUUUAUUGGCAGAGGCUUAUGAAAAUAUAUCUCGGUCUCUUUAUGCUAACUUUAGUAAAGCAUUACAAUUAAUUCCUUGUGAUACUGAAUCUGAUGCAAGAUACUCACCAUUAAGAACAUGUAGUGAUUGUGCCGAAUCCUAUAGAAAUUGGAUAUGUUCUGUUUCAAUUCCGAGAUGUACAACCGGUACUUCCUCAUAUUACAUGUUUAGAAAUAAAGAUAAGAACAGAAAUUCCUAUAUCGAUAAUGAUAUCAAACCUUUAAGCAAUUAUUAUGAGAUUCUGCCAUGUAUUGAUAUGUGUUAUGCAAUUGUUCGAGAUUGUCCAAGUGACUUUGGUUUUUCAUGCCCUAAUAUUCAAAAAACACCGGAUCUACUAUUCAAUAGUUACAAUUUUUAUAAUGGUAAUACAGAUUUCGUUUCUUGUAAUUUAAUGGGUAAUGAUACAGAAACCGUAAAUUAUUAG